CAAAACGGCAGUAAUGGCGCGGCCGGAAGACCGCAACACAAGUUUUUCGCGGUCGUCAUUUUCGUCCGGUUCGUCGAAACGGUGGACCCGCUUGGUCCGGGAUGUGUACGAUCCGAUUCGGGUGGGUUCCAUCGACGGUACCGACGAGUUCCCGCACGAUCGAGCGCUUGUGCGGGCGAUGAACUCCAGCUACAAACCGAACGGAAAAGUCGUUGGCGAUCCGAUGUGUACGGUUUUUGUGGGUCGGUUGGCGCGGUCCGUCGGGGAAGAACGGCUUCGGGAGGUGUUCGGGCGAUUUGGGGUGAUUGUGCGAUGUCGAUUGGUGCGAGAUGUGGUCACGGAGCUGUCGAGGGGCUAUGGGUUUGUGGAAUUUACCGAGAGGAAAAGUGCGCUGAAAGCGAUCGAUGAGAUGCACGGGAAGAAUGUGGACGGGAAGGAGAUUCUGGUGGAUGAAGAAUGGGAACGGAGGCUGGAGGGCUGGAAACCGAGGCGACUGGGUGGCGGAUUCGGCGGAAGGCAGAAAAGUCAACAGCUGCGGUUUGGAUGCAAGGAACGACCCUGGAAGAAACCGGUAAGUGAUUUGAGUUACUCGAGUCAGAGCGAAUUCCAUCGGAUAACGAAGCGGAAGAGGGAUUUGUUGGAUUCUACGAUAGAUAAAAAGUACCAAAAACGCGACUGAGCUCUAGCUUAACUAAGAUUUAUUGGAGUAAACAAAAUAAGAUAAAAUAGAAGCUAAUAAUGAA